AUGCUACCGACAUGUCAUGGUUUGCGGACACUUCGACAACGAAAGCAUGCGAGCAUUCCUGAAGGGCUUCUUUCACGUGGAGAAUGUAACCAGAAGGAAGCUUCUGAACAUGGUUAUUUUGAGGCCGUAAGCAAGAAUUUCCCUAAAUUUGUCUCGCAUUUCCCAGCGUCACAACCAGCCAAUCAGCGGUGCCUUUGUUGUUUUGGGGAAGUGGUAGUUGCAAGUCUAACUGUUGACAUGGCCUCCUGGCCUUCGAGAUCCUGUCUCCUUGCGACUGGUCGAGUUCUGGACGGUUUGCUGCUCCGUUCCAGGCGAGCUCAAACGCAUUAG